AUGCGCUGCACCAUCCGCAACCUCACCUGCAACUACGAGGGUUUGGAGGCCGGGGUGACGAAGCGGGAGUCGAUGAAACGGGACUUGUCGGGGACACGACGCCAGUUGGAGGAUGCGUUGGCGAUUUUGGAUGUUAUGCGGUAUGGGACGGAUAUGGUGGCUACGGAGACGUUGGCGAGGUUAAGGCUAGGGAUGGAUUUGGGGGAUGUGCUUGGGUUGCAUGGGGUGGGGGGUGAGUGGAGGGAUGAGGAGGGGGAGGUGGGAGAGGUGGAAGGGGAGGUGGAAGUAGAGGGGGAGAAGACGGUGGAUGGUUAG